AUGAUGGAGCUCACUUACGAAGACAUGCAAUGGAUUUCCGUCCGCCAUCUUUUGCACAAUGAAAUUGUGCUCAACAAUAAGUGUUUCAUGAAUUAUCUGUGUAGGAACAGUGUUUAUUUUACAUUUCUAAAAGAAUCUAUGCAAGAAUGUUCGCACACAGAAAGCGGACACAACGAAAAGCAAACAUACGAGGAUGAGGAAACAAAAGACGAGAUUUGGGAAACGUUCCUAAAGAAAAUUAGCCGAUUACAAGAUUACUUGGAAAAACAAAAAUUUGAACGAAAGGAGGAAUUUGAACGCUUUAACGUUGUUUUAUUGGAUCUCAUCAACAGAAUCGACAACAAAAUCGAGAAGCUAGGCAAUAUUUGCCACCAACUUCAACAUCGAUCUUCUGUGAUAACACGGGAACUAAUUGUAAUCGAAGAACUUACCAACGCAGUUAAUGUAGUAAGAAAACGUCGCACAAGAAGUUGA